UUAUUCAUAGGGAUAGGGCUUGUCCUUUUACUCUAUAAUCAAAUACUCAGUUUUCCCGACGAGGUAGACUUUAUCUGGAGUGCUCGGUCUUCCUUCGCGAAACAUGUCUUCCUCCUGAACCGUUAUGUCGUCUCCAUCUUGCAAAUAUGCGUCGCAGUCCAGGUGUUCACUGAGCCUGUUCUUCUCCAGUCUUGUCAAGUAGUUGUCACGGUGACCUUCACCAUCGGAAUCUGCUCAAUCGCAAGUGGGAACGUCCUGGUGAUUCUGCGUGUGGUUACAUUGUGGGACCGCGAUAAAUACAUUGCCUUGCUCCUGGCCAUUGGUUUCUGUGCUUCAUUCACGUCUACGGCAGUUUUUACAACCAUUGUCCUUACUAAUGCAUACUCUGGUUUUGUGUACGUGCCCUUCGCACAUACCUGUGUGUCCUCUAUCAAGCCUUCAGCCCUUCCUGGUGUCUGGGCUUCUCCGCUCAUCUUCGAAGUCAUGGUACUCACGCUGGUCAUCUAUAACGCACUCAACCGACCUCGUGGGAGCACUACGCCGUUGCACCGUGUCCUGCUCCGUGAUGGGAUCCUUUUCUUU